GUAUCCAUGAGUUUUGAGAACUGAAAAAAUCAUCUUUAAGAGAAUUAUUUUAUUCCUUGAUGCCACCCUUCUUUUAAUGCAGUUGGGUGUUCUCUCCAGAUUGAUAAGCUGUCAAGCACUGUAGUGCGGUGGUUGAGAAGUCUAACUCGUGACACUUUAUUUACGGAAUGAGUCUUGGCAUGGCGCUGAUAUAGCAGAUGAAAAGCAUGAACAAUUAGAUAUUUGUAACAUAACCUCAAAAUAGAGUGCUGCCACGGAACAGCAGAAAAUCAAGGGGACAGUAAAGUUGACCUGCAAUCUGUAGGAACGACUGACAAUAAGUUAAUAUUGUUUUAAUGUCAAAGCUGAACACUGGGAUGGAGUUAAUCAGGUGAAAAUGGAGCACCAGUUAAUAGUUGAAGUUAAAUCUGAAAAACCAGAUACGGAAACAACUGUGGACAACACAAAUUUUGAUAAUUCGGAUACUUUGAUGCUGAAGGAAGAGUUCAACAUCAAAUCCGAAUAUGAUGAAGAAUCAAAAUGGGAUAGGAUCAAAGUUGAAGAGAAAUUAUUGCCUGCAAUUGAAGCUGACUGGACGGCAGAUACUGUUGACCAGAUCAAAAUGGAGUUUCAAGAGCCUGAAAAACUGGAAGAAUGCAGCACCUAUUUUGAAAAUACGGACGCGGUUGGGCUAAAUGAAGAAUUCGACAUCAAAAUUGAGGGUUACCAAAGUGACGGACGUGAUUCGGGAUCCGAUAGUGUCAGAGAUGAACGCUGUGAUGGAAUCGACCAGGCAAAAAUGGAGAAUCGGUUUGUGGUUAAAUCUGAAAAACCAGAACUAAAACCAAAUGUUAACAGCAUAAUGUUUGAAAGUGUGGACACUUUGAUGCCGAAUGAAGGUGUUGACAUUAAAUCUGAAUAUCACGAAAACGCCCUAUCUGAUUUAACAUGGCAUAGCAUCAAAAUUGAAGAGAAAUUAGAACCUGGGAUUGAAGCUGACUGGUCAGCAGAUUCUUUUGGCCAAAUGAAAAUGGAGCUCCAAGAGUCAGAAGAAAAACCACAUAUGAGCAUCACACAUUUUGAAAAUAUGGACGCUUUGGGGCUAAAUGAAGAAUUUGACAUUAAAACAGAAAGUGAUCAAAGUGACAGAGUUGUAUCGGCGUACGAUAGUGUCAAAGAUGAACACAUGGGUGAAGAUAUCAAGGUGAAAAUGGAAAAUCAGUUACCGGUUGACGUUAAAUCCGAAAAACUAGAUACUGAACCGACUGUGAACAGCAUGAAGUUUGACACUUUAACACAAACUGAGGAGUUCGACAUCAAAUUUGAAUAUGUUGAGGACACCAUAUCUGAUUUAACAUGGGAUAGAAUUGAAGAGAAAUUAGAGCCUGGGGUUGAAGCUGACUCGAUUGCUGAUCAGAUUAAAAUGGAGUUCCAAGUGUCUGAACGGCAGGAAGAAAAACCAUGUGUGAGUAGCGCAAAUUUAGAAAAUAUGGGGGCGUUAGGGCUAACUGAAGAAAUUGACAUCAAAAGUGAGAGUGACGAAAGCGAUGAUUUGGAGUUCGAUAGUGCACGAAUGAAAAAAAAUCGGAGAAUGGAACAAAAAUAUUCUGACAAUAUAUAUGAAUGUAUACAUUGUACAUUUAAAAUAACUAAUAGGAGUAAAUUUAUAAGACACAUGAUAAAACAUAAUACUCAAAAGCCACUCGAGUGUGUAAACUGUGAUGAGUCAUUUACAAACAAACGAUCGUUAGACCAGCACAUUUUGCAGAAACAUCCAGAGUUUACUACUUCAGUGUCUCAUAAGAUACAUAAAUGUACAUAUUGUCAAUAUAAAACAAUAUAUAGAAGGGAUUUAUGUGCGCAUAUGAUGAAACAUACUGGAGCUAAGCUCACGUGUACAAUGUGUGAUACGUCAUUUACAAUCCAACGAUCUUUAGAUAAUCAUAUUCUGCAGAAACAUCCCAAGUUUGCUGCUUCUGUAUCUAGUAAGAUACAUGAAUGUACACAGUGUGAAUAUAAAACGACAGAAGCGCAGCGUUUAGCUGGGCAUAUCAUAAAACAUACUGGAGCUAAGCUCACGUGUACAAAAUGUGAUGCGUCAUUUACAUGCCAACGAUCUUUAGAUAAUCACAUUUUGCAGAAACAUCCUGAGCUUAGUGCUUCUGUAUCUAGUAAGAUACAUAUAUGUACAUAUUGUCAGUAUAAAACUACAUACACAAGGCUUUUAACAGAUCAUAUGAUAAAGCAUACUGGAUCUAAGCCCACGUGUACAAAGUGUGAUACGUCAUUUAUAAGCCAACGAUCUUUAGAUAAUCACAUUCUGCAGAAACAUCCUAAGUUCACUGCUUCUGUAUCUAGUAAGAUACAUGAAUGUACGCAUUGUGAAUUUAAAACGACAGAAGCGCGGCAUUUAGCUGGGCACAUCAUGAAACAUACUGGAGCUAAGCUGACCUGUACAAAAUGUGAUGCGUCAUUUACAUGCCAACGAUCUUCAGAUAAUCACAUUUUGCAGAAACAUCCCGAGCUUAGUGCUUCUGUAUCUAGUAAGAUACAUACAUGUUCGCAUUGUCAGUAUAAAACUACAUACACAAGGCUUUUAGCAGAUCAUAUGAUAAAACAUACUGGAGCUAAGCUCACGUGUACAAAAUGUGGUACGUCAUUCACAAGCCAACGAUCUUUAGAUAAUCACAUUCUGCAGAAACAUCCUAAGUUCACUGCUUCUGUAUCUAGUAAGAUACAUGAAUGUACACAUUGUGAAUAUAAAACGACAGAAGCCCGGCAUUUAGCUGGGCACGUCAUGAAACAUACUGGAGCUAAGCUGACCUGUACAAAAUGUGAUGCGUCAUUUUCAUGCCAACGAUCUUUAGAUAAUCACAUUUUGCAGAAACAUCCUGAGCUUAGUGCCUCUGUAUCUAGUAAGAUACAUAAAUGUACACAUUGUCGCUAUGAAACUACAUACACAAAGCUUUUAGCAGAUCAUAUGAUAAAACAUACUGGACCGAAGUUCACAUGUACAAAGUGCGAUGCGACAUUUACAAACAAACGAUCGUUAAACCACCACAUUUUACAGAAACAUCCUGAGCUUGCUGCUUCAGUCUCUCAUAAGAUACAUGAAUGUACACAUUGUCAGUAUAAAACUACAUUCACAAGGCUUUUAGAUAGGCAUAUGAUGAAACAUACUGGUGCCAAGCGCACGUGUACAAAGUGUGAUGCAUCAUUCACAAACACAACAUCGUUGGACAACCAUAUUUUGCAGAAACAUUCUAAAUUUGCCGCAUCAGUGUCUAGCAAGAUACGUGAAUGUACGCAUUGUGAAUAUAAAACUACGUACGCGCACUGUUUAGCUGGUCAUAUGAUAAAACAUACUGGAGCUAGGCUUACCUGUACAAAAUGUGAUGCGUCAUAUACAAACAAACGAACUUUAGACCACCACAUUUUACAGAAACAUCCUGAGUUUAUUGAUUCAAUAUCUCAUAAGUUACAUGAAUGUACACAUUGUGACUAUAAAACUACAUACGUGAGGAAUUUAGAUAGGCACAUGGUGAAACAUACGGAAGCGAAUAUCACGUGUACAAAGUGCUAUGCAUCAUUUACAAACCAACCAUCGUUAGACAACCAUAUUUUACAGAGACAUCCUAAAUUUACCGAAGCUGUGUCUAGUAAGAUACAUGAAUGUACACAUUGUGAAUAUAAAACUGCAUUCGCGAACUAUUUAGCUAAGCAUAUGAAGAAACAUACUGCAGCUAAGCUCGCGUGUACAAAUUGUGAUGCGUCGUUUACAAACAAACGAUCGUUAGACCAUCACAUUUUACAAAAACAUCCUGAUGUUACUGCUUCAAUGUCUCAUAAGAUACAUGCAUGUACACAUUGUCAGUAUAAAACUAUAUACAUAACGAGUUUACACAGGCAUAUGUCGAAACAUACCGGAGCCAAGCUCAAAUGUACAAAGUGUGAUGCAUCAUUCACAACCAAACGAUCGAUAGACAAUCAUAUUUUACAGAAUCAUCCUGAGUUGGCUGCUUCAGUGUCUCAUAAAAUAUAUGAAUGUACACAUUGCGAUUAUAAAACGACAUUCACGCAAAGUAUGAAAAAACAUAAAGAUACUCACGUGACAUGAUAACACAAGAGGGAUAAAUUUACUAAAGAUGUGAGGUCUUCAGUAACUUUCAGCAAGGAAUUCAAAGAUGACCUUGAAUUUGUCCUUGGCCUUCAUCUUUAAGGUCAACUCGUGGCCAAUUUUACUGUCUUUAAAUAGAAACCCUCAUUUUUGUUGCCGGCAAUCGAAAGAAAAGAAAAUUCCACUUUCAAACACAAAAGGUCAUGGCAACCACAAAGGUCAAACGAAGAUCAAAUACAUAUAUGCUGCUAGGAAAAUACUUCUAUAAAUCUCGCAGGAUGAGGAUGAAAAUAACUAUCAACGGUAAAUUUGAACGAGGAAGCGAACGCUAAUCUUGGAUUUGACCAUGACAUUCACCUUCAAGGUUAUUUCAAAGUCAACUUUAAUUUUUUCGAUGAAAAUCCCUAUUUUUAUUGCCGGCAAUCGGAAGACCUGGAAAUUUUAUAUUCUAAUUUGUUUUAAAAUUUAAGAUCAAGACGACACCUCUUCCAUAAAGUUUUUUGUUUCACGAUGUUUCGAUUGAUGUGAUCUUUAAUCGUCAUCAGUUCACGUCGUGAAACAACAGACCUUAUAGACAGUCGAGAAACUACAUCUGAUGUUCUUUUCUUUUAAAAUGUACUAAUCUUUAGGUAUCUAAUGUUUAUGCUAUUUUUAUUGAUUGUAUAUACAGGGUGACUUUGAAGUUCAGUCAUUAAUUUUCAGAUAAUGAUUGUAGAAGGAAGAUAAACCAAAAUAUGUGUGUAAAAAUAAAAAAAAAAUUUACCUUGUUUUAUAAAGUAUCCUCCCGACAAGUAUUUCAGUGCGGACUUUGAUCGUGAGGUCCCCUGUGAGGUCUUAAGUCACCUGAUUCACGAGCCCGUUGUACUACAUUAACAAAGGCACGAGGGGUUGGUUGCACUCGAUUGGGAAACCGGUCCGCAUAAACAUGUGCCAUUUUUUAUUUCGUUUGAGCCACGCAACACACUAUUCACUGACACUGACUGUAUACAAAUGAAUAAAAUAAUUGUAAAAACAUCGUUCCAAAUUCUUUCGCUUUUUUGUUUCCAACGCGAUGAACCGAUACGGCGGAUUAUAUCCGUUGUCGCCAAACACGAGCACAUAAUAUUAUUAUUGAGACAGGGCGGUACUCAAACUUCCAAAGGGCUAUAACUUUGUUACUUUAAUUUUACCAGAAAAAUGGUAAAGGAAAAAACAUUUCUUUUGAUCAGAUCUACUCACUGUUAAAAUAAAUGACUCAACUUCGAAGUCACCCUGUAUAGCCUAUGUCAUGAGUAUCCAUCUCGGUACAAUGACAGCUGAUUAUCUAGUGAUAUCUCAAAAAUUCCCGAUAUCGGCACAGGACACAUAGUUCUGACGGAUCCGUCAACGCCAGGUAGACAGAGUCGAAUUUUGUUUUGAUUUUUUGUGCCCUACAGAUUCAUUUUGUACUUGCUAGGUCUUUUAUUUAGAAAAAUUUGCAUACAAAAAACGAAACGCUAAAAACAGGUUUUAAUAGAUUUACACCCCAUCCAUUAUUGCCAACGUUGCAGACUAACACAAAAAUGUCACUUGCCGAUCAGCUGUUCACCUCAGUAGACGUCAAAGCGUGAUAGAUGCUCGUGAAAUAGGGUAUAUUAGGGUUAUCCUGAUUCUAACCCAAUAAAUCUACAUUUUCUAAAUAGAAAAAUUGCUUUAAACGAAUUUAAUAUUCUUUUUCUGUAUUUGUAUAUUUUCUGGAUACUUUACAGAGCUUUUUUAUGUUGUACG